AUGGAUGCCAGGCAGCUAAUCUCUGACACCUCAACCUGUGGUUCUCCCAAGCCCGGUCCUGAGGCGAGUGGAGGAGUGAUGGAGGGCUCCAAAACUGUCCAGUCCAGCGCUGUCUUGUGCGGUCCCUGUGAUGUAGCAGACUUGUCCCGCCAAACGAGGAAGAGCCGCAGCCUUAGCACGUCGUCCGCCAGCUGCCCCGAGUACAGGAGGACUCAGUGGCUCCAUGGCCCCAGCCCUGUGACCACCUUCGGCCCUAAGGCGUGUAUGCUGCAGAACCCUCAGGCUGUCAUGCACAUCCAGGAUCCUGCUAGUCAGAGGCUGACCUGGAACAAGCCCCCCCAGAGUGUGCUGGUCAUCAAGAAGAUUCGUGACAUCGCCCUGCUGCAGCCAUUUAAGGAGCUCUGCCGCUUUCUCACAGAGGUGAAGAGCAUGCUAGUGUACGUGGAGAGGAAGGUUCUAGAGGACCCAGCCAUAACAGCAGACGAGAACUUUGCACACAUCACUAAGAAGUUCUGCACCUUCAUGGAAGAUUUUGAUGACAUUUCUAACCAUGUGGACUUCAUCAUCUGUCUGGGAGGAGAUGGUACUCUGCUAUAUGCGUCCUCUCUCUUCCAGGAGAGUGUGCCUCCGGUCAUUGCCUUCCACCUGGGCUCCCUGGGCUUCCUCACCCCCUUCAAGUUUGAUACGUACCAGUCCCAACUCACUCAGGUCAUCCAAGGAAACGCUGCCCUAGUCCUGCGCAGUCGCCUGCGAGUCCGAGUGACCAAAGGGGGGAUAGAAAAGAACGGCCUGAGCUUGACCAACGGAGAAGUGGACAAAGCACUGCACACAGAUGACUACCAGGUUCUGAACGAGGUAGUUGUGGACAGGGGGCCGUCCUCAUAUCUGUCCAACGUGGACCUGUUCCUGGACGGACACCUUAUCACCACAGUACAAGGAGACGGCCUCAUCGUGUCCACUCCCACGGGCAGUACGGCCUACGCUGCAGCUGCUGGAGCCUCCAUGAUCCACCCCAAUGUGCCGGCUAUGAUGAUCACCCCCAUCUGCCCCCACUCCCUGUCCUUCAGGCCCAUCGUGGUCCCUGCUGGGGUCCAGCUCAAGAUCAUGCUCUCCUGUGACGCUCGACACACAGCCUGGGUGUCAUUUGACGGAAGAAAGAGACAAGAGAUCUGCCACAGUGACAGCAUCAGCAUCACCACCUCCUGCUUCCCCGUUCCCUCCGUCUGCUUCAGGGACCCGGUCAUCGACUGGUUUGAGAGUCUGGCCCAGUGCCUGCACUGGAACGUGAGAAAGAGGCAGAAUUACCUCAGCGCGGAUGACGACGAAGACGACUGA